CAUUUCUUCGAGAGACCCAGUGCCUAUAUACUCACGAGAAGGAUAUGGUAUGGAAUAGCUUGGUACAUUUCCGUGCUGGUAUAUUUGUACAUUUGGAAGUUGUUUCAGUGUGGAGAGAGAUGGACACGGUCAGUAUGCAAUUUGAUAGGAAUGAUCUAUUUUACCUAGUCUAUAACUAGAUAGACUAGAAUAUCUGUGGUUCUACCCUUUUACCGUUUUACCUGCCCUUGUCUGUCCAUUGUGGGGCAUAUUUUUUCUGCCAAUAAAGGUGGAGAGUCGUCAAAUGACUUAGGAAACAACAAAACAAAUGUGAUUUGUUUAGUUAAAAAGACUUUGUUCAACAUAUGGUAUAUGUUGAGAAAUGAGAUUGGAAUGUUGUUUUGUUAACCCCAGUGAACUUUCAGUUAAUCUUAAGACCAAGGAGGCAAAUUUGUAAGAAUGACAUGAAACAUGGUGAUGAUGGAUGGAUGUGUGGAUGGUCAAAGCCACUCAGUGACAGAGUAUUGAAGUACUUGACGUGCAUUGUGAAAGUUGAUCGAGACUAUCAAUUCUUCGAGAGUCCCAGUGCUUAUAUACUCGCAAGAAGGAUAUGGUAUGGAAUAGCUUGGUACACCUCUUUGCUGGUAGAUUUGUACGUUUGGAAGUUGUUUCAGUGUGGAGAGAGAUGGACACGGUGCAUUGUGCGUUAAUCUUAAGACCAAGGAGGCAAAUUUGCAAGAAUGACAUGAAACAUGGUGAUGAUGGAUGGAUGUGUGGAUGGUCAAAGCCACUCAGUGACAGAGUAUUGGAGUACUUGACAUGCAUUGUGAAAGUUGAUCGAGACUAUCAAUUCUUCGAGAGUCCCAGUGCCUAUAUACUCGCAAGAAGGAUAUGGUAUGGAAUAGCUUGGUACACCUCUUUGCUGGUAGAUUUGUACAUUUGGAAGUUGUUUCAGUGUGGAGAGAGAUGGACACGGUGUAUUGUACGUGUUCUACACUUAUUGACCAGACAUCUACUAGUCAUGACAAACCUGUACAUCUAAUCUUAAUGGGUCAAAGUGUUCCUGAAUUAUUGAUCUGAACACCUUUAUGAUGAUAUUUACCUUGACUUGAACUUAAUCAAUGAUAAAUCUACCAGUCAUUACCAACCUGAUCACCUCAUUUGAUGACCAUAAGCCAUGGCUUUCCCUAGUUGACCAAUCAACUUCUUUAACUACUUGGCAUGAUUAACUUUAAAAGCCCAAUCAUUGACCAAAACUUUCUCCGGUUAUUGGUCAGACAUGGAUAUUGGAUAUUGAA